GCCGCAGUGAGCUUCAUGGGGUCGAAAAAGCGCAUCCUGGAUGAUUCCUGGACCCCUGCUGUUGUCGACGGAAACGAGAGAAGAAAAACGUUAUCCCGAAUUUGGAAUUCAAAAUGGCAGAGCGUGCAAAUAACUUCCCCCCACUGCCCAAGUUCAUGAAAAUAAAGCCAUGCUUUUACCAGAACAUUGAAGAGGAGAUCCCUGCACCCCAUCAACAGUUGGUGCGCAGAGUCUACACACUUUGGAUGAUGUACUCAGGUACCCUGUGCAUAAAUGUUAUCUCAUGUAUUGCUUGGUGGGCUGGUGGUGGUAAUGCCACCAACUUUGGCUUCUCUCUUCUGUGGCUCAUCCUCUUCAGCCCGUGCAGUUAUACCUGCUGGUUCAGACCACUCUACAAAGCCUUCAGGGCUGACAGCUCAUUCAACUUCAUGGCCUUCUUCUUCGUCUUCUUCCUUCAAUGUGUCUUGGCCCUUAUCCAGACUAUAGGCAUCUCUGGCUGGGGAACAUGUGGCUGGAUUGCCACAGUGAUGUUUUUCAGCUAUAAUGUGGGCUCGGCUAUAGUGAUGCUUAUCACAGCACUGCUCUUCACUCUGGUGACUGCUUUAAUGGCACUGGUUCUCAUUAAGGUGCACAGACUGUACCGUGGCGGCGGAGGCAGCAUGGCACGAGCUCAGGAAGAGUGGAGCACUGGGAUGUGGAAGAGUGCUCCGGUGAGAGAAGCAGGGUUCAAUGCCGUUUCCCAGGCAGCCCAGGGCCCGAGCUUGCCUCAGUACCCCGCCGCAGUGCCAAGCUAUCCUGACAACAGUCAGUGGUGAUAGCUGAGAGUCGCCUCUAGGUGGAGACAGAUACUCAGCAAUUAUUUUGUGAUGAAAAGUUCCAUGUCAUUUCAAUCUUUAAAAAGAAAAAAUACAUAAAUGUAUUUUAUAUUACAGGAUGUCUGUAAAAAGUCUUAUCAAACUGCUUUGACACUAAUGCCCUGCUCUUGUAGUGGAGGAUUAUCUUUAAGAUAUAUCAUUCCAUUCCAUCUUUGUUUACAUGUAGUGUACCAAAAUGAAAGAGAGAACUACCACUUUUGUUAAAUGAAUUUACUUAGUCUUACAAGAUGGAAAUAGCAACUUAAGUAACGAAACAAACCGGAGUUGAUAGCAAAUGAAUGACAUGUGCCUUAUGGAUCUUUAUGAUUGCAUUGUUUUAUGUGUUAAUCAGAUCUGCAUGCAAAAUUGUAGCAUGCUUAGAUUGUUUCUAUUGCAGCUGCACAAAUUUUACUUUGUGGAUUUCCUUGUUUUCAGACUUUUUUGUUUUGAGAUUAUGUAUUCCGGUAGGAAUUUACUUAAUUUUGAUAUGCUGUGCCUUUUAGCUCCGUGCUUGCCUGCUUUGGCUGUGCUUUACUGAAAUGCACCACAAUAUGCAUGCAUACUUUGCCUGUAAUGAAACAACUUGCUUGACUAUCACCUACACAAGUGCCACUUUUUUUUAAACUGGACUCGUGCUUCAGUGAAGCAGUGUGUGAGCGUAUUUUAAAAGAUGUCGGUGUAUUACCCUCCUCUGUAAUCAGAGACCUAUCACUGAGCACCAAUGUGUCAAAAAAUUGCUUUUCCUAUUUCCUAUUAUUAUACUGGGAAAAGAAAACACCCAAAGUAGAUGUUUUGUUUGUUCUGUGUCAGUAUUUCUCGGUUCUUGUAAUUCCAGAGCUGCACUGUUUGCUUUUGGUGGUCAGCGCCUUGCUGUGAAAGCACCUUAUCAGCUGCUGUCAAUGUUCCAGCCAUUUUCACUUUCACCCAGAUAGAUGAUACUUUGUGUUUGGUGUCUGGGGUGCACUUGCAUGCAGCCUAUCAUGGGAGUGGGACGAAGCAGAUUCUCUAACUUCAAAUAAACUGACCUCAUGUAGCCAAUACUAACAGACACAGACUACACAACAGGCGGAUAGAUAAAGAAGUGAAAAUGCAUUAACAGUGAAGUGAGAGCCUACAAGUAAAGUCUGUUUCAAUGCAGACUGAUUUUCCAAGUAUAGACAGAAGAAACUGACAUGCCAAUAAACCUCACUUCAGAAUCAGAUUAACCAUGCAGGUUAUGUAACAGCUCAGCUUCUAAGUGAGACCUUUAUGAAGAAUAGACAGACUGGAAUAAAAAGGUGUCUGACUACUCCACAGUUUAAAAAUACAUAUUUUUUCUUUUGUUACAAAAGCAAACUGCCAAGAUUAUUAUUUGAACCAUGUUAUUAGAUAAGUGAUGAAAUGUAUGGACAUAAAAAUAGCCUUUAAAUACUGCAACAUUUCAAUAAAUAUUCUUAUUCUCA